GUUACACUGGGUGGAGCGCUUUAUACUUUACUGAGACACACAACAGGCGAGCAACACAACACGGCUUUCAGCUCCGAGCAGUGAACACACCGUUGCUUUCAGACAUGUUUCGUUGUGGCAUCGCGUAUCCCCGAUGCAGGUGGAUCCUGCCUCUUCUCCUGCUUUUCGCCAUCAUUUUUGACAUCAUCGCCAUCGCGGCUCAGUCCGGAUGGGUGGAGGACGAAAACGCCAAGUCGCACUAUGCCAGUAUGUGGGAACAGUGCCGAGGCCGCAACGACAACUGGACCUGCAAGUCUCUCACGGAGUUCUCAUGGGCUCAGGCUGUCGCUGCGCUUAUGAUCAUCGGCCUCAUCAUCCUCAUCAUAGCCUUCAUCAUCUCCUGUGUGGCUCUCUGCUGUACCCUUAAUAUACCACUCUUGCCAUUUAUUGGAGUUCUCCUCAUGUUUGCUGCGAUACUCCAGAUCAUCGCUCUGAUAGUUUACCCAGUGAAAUUCAACGAACUAAUCUUUGAAGGCAACUACGACUACACCUGGGCGUAUGGUUUUGGCUGGGGAGCCACCAUCAUUAUGAUUGGUUGCGCAAUCCUGUUCUGCUGCCUGCCCCGCUAUGAAGACCAACUCAGUGGCAUAGCAAAGACCAAAUACAUCUACACGUCAGCCUAAAAGCCCUCUCCAUCUCUACUACUUAUCGCACCAUUGCUCUAAGAACUGUUUGACUAAAUAAUAUUUUUAAAGCUCCAAACAGGAAUUGGCACAGUCUGCUCAAGAUAGGAUCCAAGUUUACUAAAAGAGAAUAUGGGAAACAUGAACAGUAUUUUUUGCUUUAAUAAGGAUUAUUUAUAAUAAUGAGUUUUCUUACAAAGGCCUACGUUGUCUCAAAACUCCACCCUACAUGCUCUGGCAAUACUGGCCAUAUUUUUAUUUCAUUCAAGGUGACAUUUCAGUUUUUAUCACUGCUUUAUCAUAUGAUUUACUUUUUCUGUUCCAUGCAGACACAAAAACCAAUUAGUCUUUAUCAGAGCACCAGGGUAGAAACUUUAGGGGUUUACAGUUUAGGUGUAUUUGAUAAAGGCCACUUAAUUACAGUUGACUCUACUGGCUAUAUCUUUAUCUUCUGCUUGAAAUUAGCAUAUUUUCAGAGGCCCACCUCUUAUAAUUGAAUAUUAAUUAAUGUAGACUUGCACAGAAUUUUUAGUCUCUAUCACUUUAAUAAAUUGUACUUAAAAAAUCAAGUGUGGUUUUUUAGAAACAUUAAUCUCAUAUUGUCAUACGGAGAUUUCUUUCCUCAUAUACCACUUUGUAAUGUAUAAACCUACUGUCCUUAAAUGCUGUAUAGAUUGCUUGCGUUUGGUAUGAAUGGACUGAUGAAUGUUCCUGUUGCUUGAAAUUUGAACUUUAUAUAUAUUCAUAGAGGUUAGGGAAGAAGUCUUCUGUAGUGCAACACUGUAAAAUGUUUUAAAGGGUAUACAGUUUUUAUAUAUGGUUUUUCAACUAAAAUUGAACUUUUUCAACUAAAUUUUAACACUAACCAUGCUGUUUUUGUAAUAGUCUGAUGUGUUUGAAUGAAUCUUGUCUGGUGUUCAUUGCAAGCCAAUGUGUAAUAAAGGGAGACCAAGCUGU